AUGGGAGGCAAAGCUAUGAAACUGUUCGAUCUUUCGGGCCGGGUGGCGGUCGUCACCGGGGGCAAUGGCGGGAUCGGUCUCGGCAUGGCCAAGGGCAUGGCCCUGGCAGGCGCCACCGUGGUCGUCGCGGGCCGCAAUGCCAAGAAGAACGAGGCGGCGGUCGGCGAGCUGAAGGCGAUCGGCGCGAAGGCCAGCGCUAUCACGGUCGACGUUCUGCAGGAAGCGUCGUGCCGUGCGCUCGUUGCCGAUGCCGUUAAGGCCCAUGGGCGCCUCGACAUCCUGGUCAACAAUGCCGGCAUCAACAUCCGCAAGCAGCCGCAGGAAUACACC